GUGAUUAGUAAAAGUGUUGGUAAAGAGGAAGCUAUGAAGAUAUGCAUAUCACCACCAAAAAGCCCCAUGUCCCCGUUAUAUAGGCAUGAUACCAGUUCUUCUUCAUCGGAUUCUACCAAAUCUACGCCUUCUGACGACGAACGUCUAACCAAAAAUGUUGGUGAGGAGGUUCCCAUGGAACAAGGCCCGAAAACCACUCCGUCGCCAUUAAUAAAGGUUGACCGUGCUACUUAUGAUGAAAAAUGGGCUGAGCACGAAAAGAUGAUGGAUAAGGAGGCCGAGAAUAUGCUUCGUCUUCUACAGGAGGAUGCUAUAAGAAGGGCUACUCUUCUCCCAGAUUCAACGAUCUUCGAGUACUGGUAUCCAGAGGAUGAAGACAUGGAUCCAGCGCAAUAUUUUGAAAAACGGCUGGAAACACUUGCUGUUCAUAAGGCAGCAGGAAAGAACCCAUAUGCUAACCUUAUGCCCGCCUCAAUUUCCAUUCCUGAAUUUCUAGACAAGUAUGCAAGCUUAAAAACUGAUCAGCAUAUGGAAUAUGCAAAAGAAUGUUUGGCUGGGAGAGUUAUGAACAAACUAUCUUCAUCAAACCUGAUAACUUAUGAUUUGGUUGGUUUUGGUGGACAAAUUCAAGUUAUGGCUUUUCCAAAGUUAUCUGUAAUGGAAGAAGCUAAAUUUUUUAAGCGUCAUUGUGAUUUGAAAAAUGGAGAUUACAUUGGUGUUAUUGGCUUUCCAGGAAAAAGCAGUAUGGGAGAGUUGAGUAUUAUCCUAAAAACAUUUGUGAAUAUGUCUUAUUGUCUUCAUAGGAUGCCACCUAUGACUUACAAUGUUAAGAAGACUGAUGUUUGGACUCCAGGAAGUGGCAGAUAUCCCGAUGCUUAUACUUUAAACGACCAGGAAACACGCUAUCGUCGACGUUUUCUGGAUCUCACAGUAAAUUCGGAAGUAAAAGAUAUAUACAAGGCUCGGACAAAGGUGAUGUCUUAUUUAAGACAUUUCUUCGAAAAUCUUGGUUUUCUGGAGGUUGAAACUCCUACAUUGACCAUGAUUCCUGGUGGAGCUGCCACAUGUCCUUUUGUGACUCAUCACGCGGACCUUAAUAUGAUAAUGUAUAUGCGAAAUGCCCCUGGACUAUAUCUGAAGCAGCUUGUUGUUGGUGGAAUAGAACGUGUAUUUGAGAUAGGAAAGCAGUUCAGAAACGAGGCAAUUGAUCUAAUGCAUAAUCCUGAAGUCACGACGUGUGAGUUUUAUAUGGCUCUUGCAGACUACAAGGACUUGAUGGAGCUAACUGAACAAAUAUUAAGUGGCAUGGUGAAGGAGUUAACGGGUGGCUACAAAGUUACAUAUCAUGCUAAUGGGUAUGAUAAUCUUCCAAUUGAGAUUGACUUCACUCCUCCUUUCAGAAGGAUUUCUAUGAUUGAAGAGUUGGAGAAGAUGGCGAAUCUUAGCUUACCUAAAGACAUUGAGAGUGAAGAAGCUAGACAAUGUCUUGCUGAUGCAUGCACCAAGUUUGAUAUCAAUUGUCCUCCACCUCAAACGACUGCACGAUUGUUGGAGAAACUUGUGGGACAUUUUCUGGAAGGCACAUGUGUUAAUCCUACUUUUAUAAUUGAUCAUCCUGAGAUAACGAGUCCACUAGCAAAAGCUCAUAAAUACAAACCAGGACUGACGGAGCGUUUUGUAUUGAUUAUUAACAAGCUUGAGCUUGUUAAUGGAUACUCCGUAGAAAAUGAUCCAGUGGUACAACGCCAGCGCUUUUCCGAUCGAUUAAAGGAUCAUCAAUCAGGAAAUGAAGAAGCGCUGUCUUUGGAUGAGGAAUUCUGUACGGCUCUUAAAUACGGUAUUCCGCCAACUGUUGGUUGGGUUUUGGGUAUUGAUAGGCUUACAAUGCUGCUUACUGAUUCACUAAACAUGAAGGAAGUUAUACUAUUUCCGGCUAUGAAACCGCAACCACACUAUGGACCAGCCAUUAAAGGGGAAAUUGUGGCUACCGGUGUUAAUUAUAAUGCUGAGGAUGAUACGUCAACUGUGGGAGCAAUUACAAUGAAGGAAGCUCUUACAGCGUCCGAAACUCUCAGGAAGUUUCUGUUACAGUCCCAGAACAUGACAUCAGAAUAUCCGAAUGCAAAGUUAAGGGAGGAGCUCGACCUGAAUCUAAGUUAUCUAAGAAAUAGCAAAUUACAGUAGUAGCAUCAUUUUAGUAUGGGGUCCUGGGCGUAAUUGUAUUUGGUAGAAGCAUGUAGUAUAUAUUAGCUUAUGAAGUUAACAGGAUUGUUUUAAGGAGGAUUAAUGUUAAGAUGUAAUCUAACUUUUAAUUUCUAGAGUUAAUUGCAAGA